AUGGCCGACGGUGGAAGCCUGCACAAUGUGCCGCUGGUGCUGGACAACGGAAGUGGCACCAUUCGAGCUGGCUUCGCCGGGACCGAUCUUCCUGCGGCCUAUUUCCCUUCCUAUGUUGGUCGACCUAAACACGUCCGUGCCCUUGCCGGCGCUCUGGAGGGAGACGUCUUCAUCGGUCCUAAGGCGCAGGAACUACGAGGCCUCCUGAAAAUCAAGUAUCCGCUUGAACACGGAAUUGUGACUGAUUGGGAUGAUAUGGAGAAGAUUUGGACCUAUGUCUACGAGCAAGAGUUGAAAACACUGAGCGAGGAACACCCUGUCCUCCUCACAGAGCCGCCUUUGAACCCGAGACAAAAUCGAGACACGGCCGCCCAGAUCCUAUUUGAACAAUUCAACGUCCCUGCGAUAUACAUGUCUAUCCAAGCCGUUCUGAGUCUGUAUGCGAGUGGUCGAACGACUGGUAUCGUUCUGGACAGUGGGGAUGGUGUCAGUCAUGCCGUUCCUGUCUACGAAGGGUUCGCAAUUCCCAGCAGCAUAAGGAGAAUCGACGUGGCGGGAAGAGACAUCACAGAAUACAUGCAACUGCUCCUGCGCAAAAAUGGACACGUCUUUCACACCAGCGCAGAAAAAGAAAUUGUCCGAAUCAUGAAAGAGAAAACCGCAUACAUCGCCCUCGACCCACGAAAAGAAGAGAAGGACUGGUCACAAGGGAUAUGGAAGAACGAGAAAAGGGAUGUCGAGUAUGUGCUCCCAGAUGGCCAGAAGAUCAAAAUCGGGGCGGAACGAUUCCGGGCACCCGAGAUUCUGUUCGAGCCAGAGUUGAUCGGACUGGAGUAUCAGGGCAUCCAUCAAAUGGUGGUGGAUGCCAUCAACCGGACGGACAUGGACCUCCGCAAAAACCUUUUCGGCAAUGUUGUCCUCAGCGGCGGAACCACUCUAUGUAAGGGGUUUCCGGACCGACUUCUGUAUGAAAUGCAAAGGCUGGCGGUCAAGGACAUGCGCAUCAAGAUAUACGCGCCCCCCGAGCGAAAGUACAGCACCUGGAUUGGUGGUAGCAUCCUUGCUGGGUUGAGCACAUUCAGAAAGAUGUGGGUCAGCAUUGACGACUGGCACGAGAAUCCGGACGUUAUCCACACCAAAUUCACCUGA